AACAAACUAGCUUUGAGUUGCCACAAGUUUUUGAUUUUUCUAUCGCACUAGAUCCAACAGUUGAAAUUGCUUCUUAUUAAUACUACCUGACAUAAUGGCAAAAUCAGCAGGGUUUUCUAUCAGAAGUAUCACAAAAGAUGAUAAGGAUGCAUGGCUAGAAUUAUGGGGAAAUGAAGACGACAGUUACUUGACUUUUUUCAAAAGAAAAUUAAGCGAUAAACAAAAUAACAUCACCUUUGAAAGGUUUUUAGAUGACUCAGUUCAGUUGUGGUGUGCUGUUGCUGUUGCUGCUGAGGAUGGCAAGUUGAUUGGAUUUGUCACUUAUUUAACUCAUUUAUCUACUUGGAGCCAUGAUAAGUAUAUGUAUUUAGAAGACUUGUUUGUUUCCUCAAAUCAAAGACUUUCUGGGGUUGGCAGAAAAUUAAUAGAAUAUGUUUAUCACGAAUCGGAUUGUCAGAAGUGUUCAAAAAUCUACUGGUUCACUGAAAUGGAUAACCAUAGAGCUCAGCUAUUAUACAAUAAAGUUGGAAGUUUUGAAAAUUUUAUAAAAUACUCCAAAAAAUACAAUUAUCAAAACACUUCUGAUUGAAAAUCAUUAAAUUUUUGAUCUUAUUGAAGAUUUUCAGUAUCUAUUUUAUCAAUUUGAAGUCGUUAAAAAUCGAAAAUUUUGAUUCAUUGUAGAAAACAUAAAAGAUUGUAGGAAAAAACUAGAAAUAAUAUAAAAUUUAAAAAAAAAAAUAUGCUAAAUAUAGUUUGUAGUUUUAUAUAAAUAAAAAUAAAAAUAAAAAUAAUGGCAUGUUUAUAUAGAGUUUGUAUUAGAAAAAGUAGUAAAAUGACGAAUUUAUAUCAAUCUGAUUGCAGAGACUUUUU